CGAUAGCAGCUACCGCCACUUGGAUCACCAAGUUCACCACCAUCGACGGGCAAAACUCGUGCUUUGGGAUCCUUCAACUCUCCAGAAACGCCGCCAUGUCGUUAAACAUCCCAAACGCCCCCAACGCGGGCCUGUUCAAGGGCGGUUACAACAACUACGACUCGGAAGAUGGCGCCGUAAUCCGUAAUAUCGAGGCCUGUCGGGCAAUCUCGACGACGGUCCAGACCUCGCUGGGCCCAUACGGCCGCAAUAAGAUCGUCAUCAACCACCUGCAGAAGAUGAUCCUGACCUCGGACGCCGCCACCAUCCUGCGCGAGCUCGACGUUGUCCACCCGGCCGCCAAGCUCCUCGUCAUGGCCAGCCAGCAGCAGGACGCCGAGAUGGGCGAUGCCACCAACCUGGUCAUCGUCCUGGCUGGCGAGCUGCUGCGCAAGGCUGAGGAUCUGCUGCGCAUGGGCCUCAAGACGGCCGACAUCGUCACGGGCUACGAGCGCGCCCAGAUCUUUGCCCUCGAGGCCCUCGAGGAGCUGGUUGUCAACAAGGUUGAGGAUCUGCGCAACCAGGAGGAGCUCAGCAAGGCCCUGCGCACCGUCAUCGCCAGCAAACAGAACGGCAACGAGGACUUCCUGGCCAACCUCGUCGCUGAGGCCGUGCUUGCCGUCCUGCCCAAGAACCCCGCCAACUUCAACGUCGACAACGUGCGCGUCGUCAAGAUCAUGGGCGGCAGCCUGGAUCAGAGCAAGGUCGUCAAGGGUAUGGUCUUUGCCAAGGAGCCGGAUGGAUCCGUCAAGAAGGUUUCCAAGGCCAAGGUCGGCGUCUUCACGUGCCCCAUCGACAUCAGCCAGACCGAGACCAAGGGGACAGUGCUGCUCAAGAACGCCAAGGAGAUGCUCGACUUCAGCAAGGGCGAGGAGGAGCAGCUCGAGGCCGCCAUCAAGGAGCUGCACGACGUCGGCCUGCGCGCCGUCAUCGCCGGCUCUACGGUUGGUGACCUGGCCAUGCACUACCUUAACCGCUACGGCAUCCUGGUCAUCAAGAUCCUGAGCAAGUUCGAGCUUCGCCGUAUCUGCCGCGUCGUUGGCGCCACCCCGCUUGCCCGCCUCGGCGCCCCCGUGCCCGACGAGAUGGGUUCCGUGGAUGUGGUUGAGACUGUCGAGAUCGGCGGUGACCGUGUCACCGUGUUCCGCCAGGAGGACGAGGCCACCAGGACGGCCACCCUGGUCCUGCGCGGUGCUACCCAGAACCACCUGGACGACGUCGAGCGCGCUGUCGACGAUGGCGUCAACGUCGUCAAGGCUAUCACCAAGGAUGCACGCCUCGUCCCGGGUGCUGGCUGCACCGAGAUCCAGCUGGUCGAGCGCCUGCAGGCCUUUGGAGACAAGACGGCUGGCCUGUCGCAGUACUCUAUCAAGAAGUUUGGCGAGGCCUUUGAGGUCGUCCCCAGGACAAUCGCCGAGAGCGCUGGUCUGGACGCAACCGAGGUCCUCAGCAGGCUCUAUGCGGCUGCCCACAAGAAGGAGAAGUGGACUACUGGUGUUGAUAUUGAGAACGAGGACGAAACCGGAACCCUGGACGUCAAGGAGCAUGGCAUCCUGGACCUGCUCGUAGCGAAGCAAUGGGCCAUCAAGCUCGCCACCGAGGCCGCGCGGACAAUUCUUUCUGUAGACCAGAUCAUCGUCGCAAGACAAGCCGGCGGACCUAAGCCGCCAGGACCUAACCCGAACUGGGAUGAGGACUGAAUUUCGGAAAAGUGACGCAUAGCGAGGGUAUAAAGGCGCUUGGUUUGACUUUGAUAUCCCAAACGCCCAUGGGUUAUGAAUCAGGACUUUAGGGGCGUCUAGACAAAAUACAUGUUGCUAGGCUUGAUGCGUCGUGUCUUGAUCUCUCCCCUGCUGGGGUUACUGUAGAUGUAUCUCCAUAGUGGUGACAUAUGGGGCGCGUGCAUGGCACCUAGAUUAUUGGGUCCCAUAUCAGGAUUUGUCGCUUAGGUCUACUUUCAUGUGCUCUUUUCCGCCGUGACUUUUAAUGUUGUCUGUUCACCAUGGUA